UAAUUAAAAUAUUAUAUUUCUUGUGUUUCAGUAAAGUCUCAAUUUAUUACAGUAAAGUAUAAAACUGUAUCAUGUAUUGCUGAGUUACCAGAGUAUGGCAGCCAUGACGUCUAUGGCAAGGGACUCAGACGUUCACAUAACCUACGAUGACCAGCAGAAGAUAAACAGAUUCGCCCGGUGUAACGCUCGCCACGGAGAUGUCAAGGAGGAGCUGAAGUUUAAGGAGAAUGACUUAAAGAACUUACAAGAUGCAGAGGACGAGAUGAUGAUGACUCUAGACAGCGACGAAAAAGUUCCAUUCAUGGUCGGGGAAGUGUUUAUCAUGAAGACUCAGGAUGAAGCACAAGAGGCCAUUGGUUCCCAGAGAGAGGGGCUACAGGAUGAUAUCAGUAACCUCAACACCAGAGCCAGUGAACUACAAGACACCAUGACUCAGCUAAAGGGAGAUCUUUAUGCUAAAUUUGGUAAUAAUAUUAACUUAGAACCAGAAGAGGAAUGAAGACAAACUUAAGGUAGUUAUAGACAGUAUUGAAUUAAAAUUUUCUGCAAACUUACUUAACACUCAUUAGAUGUAAAAGUGAGGGAAUUAAUAUCUAAAAGGCUUUUCAUUCAUAAAUGUUGCAUAUUUGGAUUUUUUCUAUUCACUAAGUACCAGGGCUUCAUGUUAAAAGUAUGUACGUAUACAAAUUGUCAAAAGCAAUCUGAUUUUAUUUAUUUUAUUUUUUGCACAACUGAGCGAUUACAAAAUGUGCACUAACUUCUCAGCCUAAAAUCUUAAUUGUAAUAACCGACUGCAGCUUUAUAUAAUGUGGAUUAUUUCCUUGUCAUGUUAAGCCUAGGCAAUAAGUUUCAUCAUUUGUUAUUUUGAAAUAUAAGUGAUUUAAAAAGCAUUAAAUAUGUUAUGAUAA